CUAUUACAGACAUAUUUAAGUGCAGGAACAUUGUGUGCAUCACACAUUAGCUGAAUUCACCAUGGAGUAUAAAGGAGCCUGCCUUAUCCUAUUCCUCUUCUGCUGUGCACAAGUCACUAUUCAACAGGGUGGCAAAAAGAAUAAGUCAUCAAAUAAAGAUGUGGUCAGCAUGAGAAUGUAUGAAGACAUGAAGAAGGAAAUUCAGAACAUCUGGCAAGAAUUAAAUCAUCUGAAAGAACAACAGGCACUGCAGAUACUUUGUUUGAAGGGCUCAAAGAUAAAUGAUAAGUGCUUCCUGGCUUUUUCGGAACCAAAGAACUACCAUCAGGCCAGUGACACAUGUAUUGCACAAGGAGGGACACUCAGCACCCCAGCCAAUGGAGAUGAAAAUGACUUUUUAUACGAAUAUGCAAGGAAGACUAUUGGUCCUAAUUCAGAGAUCUGGAUUGGCAUUAAUGACAUGGCAACUGAGGGAGUUUGGGUGGAUAUGACUGGGUCUGGUGUCUCAUUUAAGCAUUGGGAGACAGAAAUAACCACUCAGCCUGAUGGUGGGAAGCAGGAAAACUGUGCUUCUUUGUCAGCUGUAGCCAUUGGCAAGUGGUUUGACCAAAACUGCAAAGCCGAAUUGCCAUUUGUGUGUCAAUUCACAAUUGUUUAACUCUUUUUUUGGUCUUUGUGUAAAAUGCUAAUGAGCAUGGUCAGAUUAAGACUCCAGCGACCCUUGGCAAGGUAGAACAACCCAAAUAUUCCAUUCCCUCAUCACCUAAACACCACUAAACCCUGUCUUAUGACAUUGUAUAUACAUAUAAACAUAUAUAGAUUGCAUCAUGAGGACUGCUGGAUUACUUUGUGUUAAAGGGACAUUAAUCCCAGUUUUUUUUCUUUCAUGGUUCAGAUAGAACAUGCAAUUUUGAAUAACUCAAUUUAUUUAUUUCUAUUAUCUAAUUUGUUUUAUUCUCUUGGUAUCCUUUGUUGAAAAAUAUUCCUAGGUAGGCUUAGAAGCUGCUUAUUGGUCCCUCGACAUGUAUUCCUCUUGUCAUUAGCUUUCAGCUAGUUCCUAGUAGUGCAUAACUUCUCCUUCAACAAAGGAUCCAAAAAAUGAAGCAAAUUAGAUAAUAGAAGUAAAUUGGAAAGUUGUUUAAAAUGGUAUGUUCUAUCUGAAUCAUGAAAUAAAACAUUUUUGAGUUCCAUUUCCCUUUAAUGUUUGGGGCCUUGGGUGGUUAACCUAUUUACCAAGGUUAUGGUCAUUACAUACAUUAUUCGGGGAAGAAUAUUGAAUGCAAGCUCGCGCAUUUGUGUUCCCAAAUGAGAUAACUAAUGACCAAAAUGCAAUUCAAAUUAAAAUAUAUAUUUGUAUGGGACCUUAUACAUGUGCCUAGGUUCCCUAUAGGUUAAAUCAAACCCUGAAUCUGGGUUUAACAGUAAGCACAUAGCAAAAUCUAUGUAACUCUACUAAAAAUAAAGCUUUUAGUCAUUGUUCAAAGUAGUCUGUGAUGGUUUAUAAGCUAAAUCCAAACUUCUACUGUCUUUCAGUAGAGCAUAUAUAUUUUUUUACACAUUGUAUAAAACCUUUAGCUAGUUGAAAGAAGGAAUGUCAAAUGCUAUAAUACAAUAUGUAUGUUGCAAACAAUAAAGUCUGCAUUAUAUGUUUAUAUUUA